CCGCUCCGCCAGCCCUCCAGCCCGCCUUCCCGCCGCACGCAGUGACCCUCCGAGCUGAACCCCAUGGCCCGCGCCGCGACCCCCGCCACUGCCCGGCUCCUCCGCGCCGCGCUGCUGUUCCUGCUCCUGGUGGCCGCCGGCCGGCGCGCAGCAGGGGCGCCUGUGGUCACCGAACUGCGCUGCCGGUGCCUGCAGACCUUGCAGGGGAUUCACUUCAAGAACAUCCAGAGCGUGAAGGUGACGCCCCCGGGACCCCACUGCGGCCAAACGGAAGUCGUAGCCACUCUCAAGACUGGUCAGGAAGUUUGUCUCAACCCUGAAGCUCCCAUGGUUAAAAAAAUCAUCAAUAAGAUGCUAAACAAGGGCAGCACCAACUGACCUAGAGAGAAGUAAGAAGCUCAUACGGCAUUUCCUGAAGAGUGGUCUCUGCUCUUGUAGGAACUGAAAAUGAAGAAGAGAACAGCUGACUUCUGGGGACACCUAGAAAGGACUUGAUGUGCUGGACUAUUUAUUAUGAGUUCUAUUUAUUUAUACAUGUAUUUAUUUAUUUUUCAUAGCUCAUAUUUUAAUAUUUUACAUGUUAGUAUUUAAAGAUGUCAAUGUGUUUCAUCAAACUUAACUCAGUCCUGAUAGUUAUUUAAUAUGAGGAUGAUGGGUUCUAAAUGUCUCAUUAAACUGAUAUUUAUUGGGAGACCAUAAAGUGCCAGGCACUGUGAUAGAGGUGGAGGGCGUGGGUGGGAGAGGGGAUCCGUGCAAUUGGACAGUGAGAUCACUGUUAGAAUCAGGGAAAGUGUGUGCACAUCUAUGUUUGUACUUGUUUAAAACAAUGUCAGUUAUUAUUUAUUGAAAUUAUUUCACUUUAUGUGGUCAACAUUUUUAUGUUGAAGCUUCUCUUGGACAUUUUAUGUCUUGCUUGUAGGGCAUAAUGCCUUGUUUAAUGUUCAU